AUGAUGUGUUUUUCUCAGAAGCCUUCAGAAGGUUCAGGUCGAGCGGUGCCUCAGCACGACAAGGAGAGCCGUGAGUUCAGCCGUCCUGCUCCGGACAGAUCGGAGUGUGUGACUAUACACGUGCCGCCCACAGACACAGAGAGAGGUGCGUACUGGGAGCUGCGUGCGCUGGCCCGGCCUGUGAUCUGUAGGGCGCUCAGGUCAGGGUCUCUGAGAAAUCCAGACUUCAGCAGCCUGACUCCUGUACACACACGAGUGUGUCUGAAACAGCAGGAGAAACUGCUCCGUACAGGACAGGACAGGAAAUGUGAGUACACCGACGUGGCCUUGCUACAUAUUCUGGUCACGAUAAAGGACCUGCUGCUCAGGAGUGACCUCAACACUGCAACAGGUCAUCUGGAGAAGGCACACUCCACCUGUGCGCUGGAUGGUCUGGGAGAGCUGCUCAGGAAGUUUCAGGUGCUCCAGCAUCUGAGCAGGAAGUGGGCGGAGCCUCGGCUGAGAGUGCAGCACCUGCAGGAGCAGAUCGUCACCUGGCUGCAGAGGACGUCCUUUACGAAGAUACUGGUUGUGACUGCAGCAGAGAAUGUGAGGGCGGAGCUAAUGCUGGCUCUAAGGCAGAUACCAGGAAACUCUGUAGCUGCACUGACUGCAGAAGACGGCGGCAGAUUGGACAUCAAGAUUCUUACACACAGUCGGUGUGCUGUAGUGUGUGUGAAGCAGCUGCAGGCUGGGUUUCCGUGGUGGAGAUUCAGCGUUGUGUUCGAGUUUCAGUGUUCCUGUGACUCGACUGUCAGGAGCCUCUGUGUCAAGUACAAGAUCCCCUACACCUGCUUCACCACUGCAGCGCCACCUACAGACCCGUCGGCGGUGUCCUGCUCCCCUCUGGACCGGGUUCCUUUUGUGCUGUUCAUCACAGAGGGUUUGCUGAAGCACACUGACCUCAUGCAGCUCGAGUCCACGUAUAACAUGACUCUCCUGGAGAGGACCCACCCUCCGUCUCUACAGCAGCUGGGACGGACACACCUCUAUGACGUCAUCACGGUCGAUGAGAACACCAGCAUUCUGCUGCAGGAACUCUGGGAGCUGGAGCAUGAGCGAGCAGCCGAGCGUUUGGUUCUGAGACUCUCGGCUCUGUCGCUGCAGUUCGGCCGCUGCUGGGUCAUACUGCACUGCUCCGGUCGUGUGUGUGGUAACGUGUUGAGUAACCUGGCGUUGAUCUACUCAUCCUUGGUGCUGUUUGGACAGAAGUCUGAAGGUUUGGAUGUUAAAGUGUUGCUGGCAUACAGUAUGGCAGACGUAGCCCUGUGUGUGUAUCGAGUCUGCCUCCACACUCUACUCACCUCACAGAGAGAUGUGUGUAGCUGGCUCGACCGAGAGUGGUUCAGCGUACUGCCUACUCAGGAAGAGCAGAGUUUGCUGUAUUUCCCGAGUGUGAACUGUGUUGUAGCUCAGCUGCUGCUGAGUCGAUGUCCCUCCCUACAGUGGCUGCUGGACGCUUCACACACUCAGCUGGAGGAGAUGUUUCCUGAGAUCACACCUUCUAUCCUUAAGAUCUUCAGUGACAGUACAGCUGCAUACAGAUCCGCUGCUGCUGCCACACAGUGUGAGGGUGAGGUCAUACACAUCCACAACUCUGGUCUGGAUAAGGAUGAGUCUGUCUCACACACACACUCGGACCCGUUCCCCGUCCACUCGUGCUUCCCCGGGUUCCAUCAGGAGACUGAAACUGUGCCUGAUGGCCGGUUCGGGCCGUGUUUAACGAGCAUACACUCACAGACUUUGGCUGAAGAACAGACACAGGCAGCAGGAGAGUUCCGUCGAGCAUCGCCUCUGAUCUCUGGUCUCUCUGUCACACACUCACACACCGUCUCCUGCACGCCGUUCACCCCAAGCCUUCAUCCUCACUCGACUCCUCCCCUCCUACCCCACAUGUCCCGACAGCACUGGGGAGGCAGGAGCACUUUACAGGCUGAGAGAUACACGGAGAGAAAAAGACCAGCAGGGGGCACCAUACACAGAGUGUAUCCCCAGUGUAAAAGAGGACGUCUUCAGUUUGAGAAAGUCCCAGGACGGAGUGAUGGACAGACAAGACUCAAGUUUUUCUAAGCACCUGCUAACACGUGCUCUCUCUCUUACACACACUCCACUCAUUAGGCCUGGACUCUGACGUGUGAGUGUGUAAUCAUACACACUGUUUCCUGGAGGAAUCUCACUACACACAGCUCAGACUCCUGGACACUCCGGUUCAUUUGUUUAGUGUUUAUAGGGAAGUCCUUCAGUGUGUGUGUGUGUUUUUCACCUCAGUGCAAUAUGAGUCAGUUGAGAGUGGUUAAAUACUAUGAAUUAAACAUUUUUAUUAUGAUUUAUAAUAUGAUCUGUUCAGACUGAAUAAAAACACUUUUCUGCU